GCAGUUCCAAUAAACCGCAAUGCAAUAGUUGGAGCAGCGGAUGAGUACUGCCGCCACCCACGCGAGCUCGGAACCGCGCGAGACAACUCCAAAGUUCGCUGAUCAGAAGAUCUUUUGUGAUUCGACGAAGACGGACCCGAUUCCGUGGUUUCGCAAGUUCGAACUCAAGUUGCAGCUACACUACGUCAGCGAGCAGAAGCAUCACGCGUACUUGUACUCCCGCUCGGGGGGCUCGUGCCAAGCAUGGCUGGACAAUCUCUUGUCCAAGUACGGAGUGGUGGCUGGCGACUUGCACACCAAGAUCAGCUGGGAUGAUCUGAAGGCGGCGUGGCAUAAGCGGUUCCAAGUAGAGCUGCCGGAGAUCAAGGCAAUGGACAAACUGAUGGUCUUCGAACAAGGCACGCUGUCGAGUGUUGAUUGGAUUGCCGAGUACCAACGCUUGUCAUCCGUCCCAGAUAUUCAAAUGGGCUUCAAAGCCAUCAAACAGUACUUCAUCUCGAGCUCGUGUCCGGCAUUGGGCAAUGCCUUGACUCACGUCGAGGACACCCUGACGAUACCGGCGGAGCUCUUCGACAAGGCCGCGCAGAUUAUUGUCAUGAACAAGGAGGCCAAGAACCUCCACCGUUCGUCUGUGACAGGCCUGAGCAGAGAUCAGCAUCACCCGAAAGUGGUCAUGGUCGUGACUGCAACGCCAAACGACCAAACUAGUGGGGCCGUGUCUGCCAAUGAAGGGGACAGAAUCGCAGCCGCCUGGGACGGUGGCCGCCCCGACAAAGGACGAGGACGCGGCAAGGCGGAGACAAACACCGCAUCUAGCCCCGGGCCCGACGCAGCAGCUCCAGCCCCAUGGUCCCACUACGGUCUCUCCGAAACAGCGUACAAGGCACGCACGAGAUUCCGCUAUUUCGAGGCGGGGGACAUCCUUGCGUAUGUUACCAAGGUGGCCCAUGAGUUUCGCAAGCAGCGGUACAAUGACAACAAUGCACCGCUCCUCUAUGUCCACAUCCAAGUUGGCCAAGCAUCCUGCAGCGCUUUGCUGGAUAGUGGUUCAUCUCGCAAUUUUAUGAACCAAGCCUUUAUGCAAAGGGUUGGCCUUGGCGCACAAGUUCGAAGGAAGGCAAACCCGACGGUGAUCAAGUUGGCAGACGGAAGGACGCAGCAACUUAUCGACAGCUACAUCGAGGCCGUACCGGUAUAUUUCGCACCUCAUGCAUGCGAACCAGUGACAUUCGACAUUUUGGACACGGACUUCGACAUUAUUUUGGGAAUGCCUUGGCUUGCAAGUGCGGAUCACACGGUCAACUUCCACAGGCGGACUCUUACCGUUCGCAAUGCCUUCGGCUCCGAAGUGUCGUGUACUAUUCCUCUUCUGCACCCUUCGAUUCUGUGCCAAGUGGCAACGGCCAAGUCAUUCCGGGGUCCUUAUGCUUACGACCAGCCCGACAAAAUCGGCCUAUGCUUCCUAUGGACCGUCACGGUAGCCGACUCGUCACCCACGGACUUGUCUUCGGACCCCCAUGUGGUGUGGUUGCUUGACGAGUUUGCCGGUAUCUUCGAGUCACCUACUGGUGUGCUGCCGGAUCGGCCAAUUUCUCACGAGAUCAUUCUUGAGGCCGGUGGCGUGCCGCUGAAAGGUUGCAUUUAUCGCAUGAACGAGGAGGAGCUUACGGUCCUCCGCGCACAAGGGAUGGAUCCGCCCUAUUAGCUCUCCAUAUGGAGCGCCAGUUCUCUUCGUACGGAAGAAGAACAAGGAUCUACGAUUGUGCAUCGACUACCGCAAGCUCAACAUGC